UGGUUCUUCAAAUCUCCGACUGGAGCAGAACUUUUCUCGCCGCAACCCGCCCACGGCACUGGGUCUCCGCCGCCGCCAGCCAGCGGGAGCAGCCAAGGGACCGCGGGCGGUGCAACAAGCCGCCGCCAGCUCCGGCCACACCCGCCACACCCUGCGGCCGCGCCGAGCCGCGGCCAACGCCCCCGCCGUGUGCCCGCCUCCCCUAGCCAGACGGCUCGCGAUUGGCUGGAGAGGCUGCCCGUCUGGAGGAGAGGUUGCGUCGUCCGCAGCCCGGCGCUCCCAUUGGUCGAGGCGGCGGCGGCCGCGCGCGCGGGGUCCCGGCGGGGAGGGGAAGCCGGUGGCCGCGGCGGCGGAACGGGCGGAGGCUGCCGGUUUCGUAACCGUCGCUCCUCCUCGCUGACUCGCGGGCUGCGAGGCCUGGGUCGCGUCAGGCCGCGCCGCGCGGGGCUGCUCGGAGCGGAGGCCGCCUGGGGGCGGGCGGGCCGGAGGCGCAGUGGCCCUCCUGGACACAGGGUGAAACUACUGAGGUUUCUCCUUGCUUGAGAACCAGAGAAAACACUUGUGUGAAGCAGCCUCCUGUAGUACGGAACGUCGAAGGAGAAAGGCGUACGAUGCAUCCUCUGUGACUUCUCUGAUGCUCAGCGCCACAGUGGGUACCAGGAGACACACCUAUGUGCCGACAGAAAACCUUAAAGAAUAUGUUGUAAAUCUUAGAAGCAAAUAAGGUAACUGAUGAUUUGAAACUGAGUUUGGCUUUUAUUUUAAUGUGACCGCAUCUUAAGUACUUUUGUGUUAUUUCCAUUGGGAAACAAUUUGUACUCAAUUCUCCAGGGACAUCUCAAAAUGGUUAGCUUGGGCUACAGUUUUCUAUCCCUUCAUGGCUGCUUCUGACAUCCUUUCUUCCCACUUGCCCUUCACCUUGGCUCAGAAACUCCUGGAUGAGAGGACUGUGAGGAGAUAAAUCUGGAAUGGCGGGCAGAAUUCUAGAGGCAAGCUCCUGGGAUGGGGCAGUCCAUGCACUGAGGGACAAGCAGAGGUAAGAACAGGUAUUUCACCAUCGGCAAGGACCAGGCACCGCGGGGCCCUGGACGGCUUCCUGCCGGAGUUGAGUUUGGCAGGUGAGCUGCUACUUCGGGAAGACAAAUAGUCACACAUGGAAGGAGCGAGCAAGCCCUCCUUUGC